AUGGCUGCGAGAUCCCUUCAGAAGGCUGAAGCGGCUAUAGAGGAAAUCAAGGCCAAAACCCAAAGAGCAGAUUUAAACAUAUCUGUUUUAAAGAUGGAUAUGCUAGACUUGAGCUCGGUCAGAAGUGCGGCAGAGGAGUUUCUUAGCAAGGAGACGCGGUUGCACGGACUGGUAAAUAACGCAGGAAUCAUGGCGGUGGCAAAUGGAAUUUCCGAGGACGGGUUCGAAUAUCAGUGGCAGACAAAUUAUCUUUCACACUGGCUGCUCACCUUCCUCUUGACUCCCGUCAUGGAACUGACUGCCACUACAGUGCCAGCUGGCACUGUCCGUAUUGUUAAUGUCUCUUCGUCAAAUCACAAGAUGGCGCCGCCGCAAGGCAUUGAUUUUGAAGACAUUAAUCUCCAAAGGCCAGGCCCUAGCAGCAACCCUUGGGUAAGGUACGGCCAAAGCAAACUCGGAAACUACCUUCACGCUCUUUCACUGCAUGAAAAGCUCAAUAAGAAGGGAAUAUGGACGGCGUCUCUACAUCCUGGUAUUGUAGACACCAACCUGAGCGCCAAUAUUCAAAUGUUUGCAGUCUCGAUUCUGGCCUCGAGACCUGUAAUAUGGCUACUUCGUAGAGUGGGCUUCAUGCUCAACACCGACCAAGGGAGCUGGACUCAGCUUUUCGCCAUCGCAGGAAAAGGUUUCGAUGCAGCACUGUCAGGAACUUACCUUGAGCCCAUAGCAAAGAAGGGCACUGUGAAAAUGCCACGGGGGGUUACAGCCGACGAUCUGCAAAACCGGCUGUGGAAAUGGACAGAGAGGGAGAUGAAAGCUAAAGGGUUCAUUAGUUGA